AGGGAGAGGGGGUGGUGAGGUUUGCUCAACUGGUGGCAGGCACCCAUCUGUGACUUUCCUGAAAGAAAAAUGAAUGUGUGAAAGUAGAAGUCAGGUCUGUGCAGUUUUAUCCAACUGGUUAUCUCUUAAAACUCCCCAUGCACGCACAGUCCUUUGUUGGCUUAGUGAAAGAGGAGUGCUGAUUUUUUUCUUUCUUUCUCUGGCACUCAGAGCUGAGUCGACCGGAGGGGAAAACUACCAUCAAGCAAUCUGUAAAAGCCAGACCGGUGGCGUCAUUGCCUCCUCUGUAGUACGCGCAACACCACGACUCUCCUGCUGCAUUUAUUCACAGCUCAAAUUGCUCUGUGGCUCCCGCACACUGAAGUGAAAGCAAACCUGCUCGUCCAAAGACUGGUCCUCAGAACACAAUGCGUGUUUGUUCGAUUUAUGUUACUCUGGCACAUGGAUUAGGAGGUUUUGCGCAAGAAGUGUCAAAGGCAAAUAGAGUAUUUUCUCCUCGUCGCUGGACUGAUGGUGUUGUAAAAGAGAAGGUAUUGUACCGCGCACUCCCCCUACACCACUUCUGUAGUACAGUGUCUCCAGUUUUAGGAGGAAUCCUCUCCUCCUUCACAGAUGUUGCCGGAGAGCAUUUUUUACCCGCAACUUAGUGUGCAGUUCAAAUGUUGCCGGGAGGACACAUGCUUUUGGUGUACUUUAGUGUGCAGACCACGUCCAGAUAAUCUCAGUUUACAUUGGCCUUUACUCUUCAAGAUACCCAAGAGUUCCCGUUGUGUCGCCUGUGCGUCAUCCAUACCUGAUUAGACUUGUAGUCUGACGUCGCCGCAAACCAUUCAUGCAAAACACCUCAUACGACGUUGAAAAUCUGAAUUGGUCCCUUUUAAAGCGUGAGCAAAACCAUCCGGAGUGACGAAAACCACUUUUUCUUUUCAUAAAGACGCGGAUCAACAAGUUGCCCUCAGUGCGUAAUUUCCAUCUGAGCGGGGUUCAAACAUAAUCCGCGUCACACGUGAUCAACAAAUUACUUUAGCUGUAAAUAUUUCUCGUUUGUCAAGAGAAAUAAGUCCCUGACUGUCCGUGGAGACGCAUCUUGUUCGAUUGCGGCGGGAAUCAAAAGCAGACCGGCUCCAUGCCUCGCUGCGUCUCCAGAUGCUCGGCUGGCGGCUGGCCACCACAUGGUAACUUUGCGCACACCGCACGCUGGAAAGAGGACAUAUAGAGAGUGGAUCAAUGGGACUGAUAUUUAUUCGCAUUUCUCUUCUCGCCUCCCCCAGACUGUUGUGUGUGUUUUAUAUCCUGCUGGUUGAAGGUGUCUCGCGUUAUCAGCAGAUAUCGACUCUGCGGUGGAUAGAUCCAUCACUCGAAUAGGGAGCAGCAAAUGUCGAAGAAACGGAAAAGUCCUGACGACCAGGGCUUUGAGGAAUCUCCGCCUGCAGGAUGCAGCGAUCAAGGCUUGACAGAUGAGAAAGUGAAGGCCUACCUCUCGCUGCACCCGCAGAUGCUGGACGACUUCGUGUUGGAGAGUGUGAGUGCAGAGACGUUGGACAGAUGGCUGAAGAGGAAGACCAGCAGCAGGCCUGCAGAUGACACAUCAGCUAAAGACGUCAGCAGGCAGUACCAGGACACAAAUAUGCAGGGUGUGGUGUACGAACUCAACAGCUACAUGGAGCAGCGCCUGGACACUGGAGGAGACAACAAACUCCUGCUCUAUGAGUUGUGCAACAUCAUCAAAACAGCAACUAAAGCUGAUGGAUUUGCACUUUACUUCUUGGGAGAAUGCAACAAUAGUUUAUGUGUGUUCACUCCAACGGGGGCCAAGGAUGGCCCUCCAAGCCUCAUCCCCUCCGGCCCCAUUGCAUUUGGGACAACCAUUGCCGCUCAUGUUGCCAAGACUCGCAAAACACUGCUAGUAGAGGACAUCAUGGGGGACGAGCGCUUCCCCGACGGCACAGGGCAGGACUCAGGGAUCCAUGUUCACUCUGUCCUGUGCCUCCCCAUCCUCACUGCCAUCGGGGACCUCAUUGCCAUCCUGGAGCUGCAUCGGCACUGGGGCAAGGAGCCCUUCAACCUCAGCCACCAGGAGGUUGCAACAGCUAAUUUAGCGUGGGCAUCAGUUGCCAUUCAUCAAGUACAGGUGUGCAGAGGCCUCGCCAAACAGACUGAGCUCAAUGACUUCCUACUAGAUGUGUCAAAAACAUACUUUGAUAACAUUGUGGCAAUAGAUUCUCUACUUGAACAUAUUAUGAUAUAUGCAAAAAACCUGGUGAAUGCAGACAGGUGCGCACUCUUCCAGGUUGAUCACAACAACAAAGAACUGUAUUCUGACCUGUUCGAUAUUGGGGAGGAGAAAGAAGGCAAACCUGUCUUUAGGAAAACCAAAGAAAUUAGGUUUUCUAUAGACAAGGGAAUAGCCGGCCAAGUGGCUCAGACAGGGGAAGUCUUAAAUAUCCCAGAUGCCUAUGCAGACCCACGGUUCAACAGAGAGGUGGACCUCAAAACCGGCUACACCACGCGGAACAUCCUGUGCAUGCCCAUCGUGAGCAGGGGGACCGUUAUAGGUGUGGUGCAGAUGGUGAACAAGUUAAGCGGAAGUGCCUUCACUAAAACAGAUGAGAACAACUUUAAGAUGUUUGCUGUCUUUUGUGCUCUGGCCUUACACUGUGCAAAUAUGUACCACAGGAUCCGGCACUCUGAAUGCAUUUACAGAGUGACGAUGGAAAAGCUGUCUUAUCACAGCAUCUGCACAUCAGAGGAGUGGAAGACCCUUACCCAGCUCAACCUCCCUGCACCCAUUUAUAAAGAGAUUGAAAUGUUCCACUUUGACAUAACUCCCUUUGAGGAGAUCUGGCCUGCUGUCUUUAUCUACAUGGUUCAUAACUCCUGUGGAAAGACCAGCUUUGAGCUGGAGAAGCUGUGUCAGUUCACCAUGUCUGUGCGGAAGAACUACAGGCGUGUGCCCUACCACAACUGGAAGCACGCGGUGACGGUGGCACACUGUAUGUAUGCCAUCCUACAGAAAACGUCUGGGAUGUUCACAGAGCUAGAGAAGAAAGGUCUGUUGAUAGCCUGCCUGUGCCAUGAUCUGGACCAUCGGGGGUACAGCAACGCAUACCUGCAGAAGUUUGACCAUCCACUGGCUGCUCUGUACUCCACAUCCACCAUGGAGCAGCACCACUUCUCUCAGACUGUCUCCAUCCUGCAGCUGGAAGGGCACAAUAUUUUCUCCAACCUGAAUUCCAGCGAGUACGAGCAGGUGCUGGAGAUCAUCCGGAAGGCCAUCAUCGCCACGGACCUCGCCCUGUACUUCAACAACCACCAGCAGCUGACGGAGCUGCUGACCUCGGGCGGGCUGGAUUUGAACAACCACUCACACAGGGACCGUGUGAUUGGUCUGAUGAUGACAGCAUGUGACCUGUGUUCUGUUACCAAGCAAUGGCAUAUCACACGACUCACAGCCAACGACAUCUAUGCUGAGUUCUGGGCUGAGGGAGAUGAGAUGAAGAAGAUUGGUAUGCAGCCAAUCCCCAUGAUGGACAGAGACAAGAAGGAUGAAGUUCCACAAGGCCAAGUGGGAUUCUACAAUGCUGUGGCGAUUCCAUGUUACACAACACUAUCACAGCUUUUCCCUCUGUCCGGUCCUCUUCUGAAAGCUUGCAAGGAGAACCUGAACCAGUGGGAGAAGAUAGCGCAUGGAGAAGUGGAGGAUGUAGUACCCAGCCGGCCUUGUGUUUCAGGCCCCGUCAAGGUGGACAACUGACUACCAAAGGGUUUCUGGCCCACCAAAGGAAUACAACCUGAAUCCUGCCACGGAUAUGGAACUUUGUAGGGGGAAGAACCCACGUCCUGUGUUAGCAGGAGUUGGAUCAGCUAAAAGCAACUUGACUUUGAAACUUACACAGUUACCUCAUUGGGUGACGGAGGUGUCAACACUGACGGUUUCACCGAUCCCAGAGACUGACAGACAGCCGAUGGGGAGGGACUUCAACCCAUCACCCUGUGUCCACUCAGCUUGGGAAUUCAUUUGGUAGAAUGGACUUGUGCUGGUUUGGUUGUUUAUUUGGCUGUUUUAUGUUAUUUUAUGAUUUUUUUUUCUUUUUUGAGCUGAUUCUUUUUCGGUCUUGCAUUUGAGAGGCCUUACCCUGAACCUUUCACAGGCUAGGAUAUGUGAAAUCUUGUUGUUGGUUCAGGCUUUUUUUGAAAUGGUACUGUUUGCCUUCUGUGGUAAGUUUUAUUGUUCGUGUACUACUUCAGCAAGGUAUUCCCAGAGACAGAAGGAAUGUGUAGAACAGAUGUACGGUGUACCACCAACCUUAUAGAGAAGGUGGACGUCAGAAUGUUUUUUUUAUUACUUUUGAGCAAAAAUCCUUUGCAGUACUUGAAUAAAGACAUACAGCCUAUUCUACAUGGAGAUUGCAGAAAUCCCCCACAGCAUAUUCUACAAAACAUGGAUGAACUGUGACAAGAGGAGUUAGAUAAUGUCGACACUUAUGAACCCAGUCACAAGAGAGUCACAAUGUUUCUCCCUGAAGUGGACCCCACAGCACUGCCCCUGGCCCCCUCUGGCAUUUAGGAACCUGCUGCAUAGUGCAUCAACUUUCUUCUGAUUAACAGGAUCUGACUCCAGGCGAGCAGUCAUAAUGUUUGUAGGACGGCGUUCACAAGACUAAAAAAGCAUGAUGCACAAAUAGGAUCCAUUUUACAUCAGUUAUAGUAAGCCAAGACUGCAUACUAUUAACUAAAGUUUCCACUCUCAUAAUAUUUUUUCACGCCAUUAUCACAGCAUGAAUUAUUUUAUACAACAAUCUGUUUCCUCUCAUUAAUCAUUUCUACAACCAUGAAUAAAACACAAGUAAAAUGAGGAUACUUCACAAGUUGUUGAAGUAUCCCAGUAGAUUUUUAAAGAUUAGUUUGUCUGCAGUGACAUAAACUUUUUACAUGUUGACUACCUUAUGUAAUGUCCAGACAGCACCCUAAUUUAUAACACAUGGUUAAGGCGUGGUGAAUUCUAGAGGUAUAAAUUAAAUAAAGGGUGAAGGCUGGGAUAAGACGGGUGUUAGAGCAUUACUCCGUGUCCUUGCAGGUUCAAAGCCGUAGUAUGAAACAUUAAUGACACUGAACAUUUUAUCAUGUUGCUGUCGAUGCCAGACACAGCAGCUCAACAGAAAAGCUCUCUCAAGAUCCGAGCCUGAAAUCGAAGCCGAAGUGUCAGCUUCAUAUUUUCCCAAAAUGUCAAACCUGUUAAGCUUAAGAGCAUCAUACGUCUAUCUCUGGGAUUGCAACACAAGAAUGUCGGUUGACUUUUUGCAGGUGUGUAACAGACGUUACCGUCUUGUCCGUGACCUAUCGAAGGAAAUAAAUCAUCCUCCUUUAUGCUCAUUCUCCAAACACAUGCAAGGGGUACAUUUGAACUCUUUCAAAUGAGUUUCCAAGAUCUUCCAAAAGACAAAUGUUUUUUUGUUUUUUGUUUCUUUUUUUUUUUUUUGUCUGAAACUGUCAUUCCAGUGGACAUUGUCCCUCCAAGACUGAAAUUACCGCUCAAAAUAAUUUGUUUUAUGACUGGUACUGUGGUCCCCAAUGGUGUGAAUGUACAAUUUGAUGAAUGUUUUGUUGAUUGCAGAUCCCUGGUGGUGGCAUGUGGGUUAGUACGCCAUCAGUUUCCAUAAUGUGCUCUGUCUUACUUUUCAGAAUUGCUUCCAGUAAGCUUCAACCAAGAGCAACAAUUAGCAUGCACCUAAACUGAAGUUUAUAUAUAAUUUUGCAUAUACGGUAAUAGGUGUAUCCUGUGUACAAUCUAGGACUUAGUUUGUACAGACUAAGACGUAUGCUCUGAUGGUGCUAAACUGAAUGGCAGUCAUGCACUUUCUGACUGGGUGUGUUUGCAUGUGUGCGUGUGUGUGUGUGAGAGAGAGAGAGAGAGAAAGAGAGAGAAAGCUUUUGACUGUCUCUUUCCCCACUCCAAACCCACAUGGUUGAGAACAUGGUUAAGUCCAUAACACUGCACUGUCCCUUCUACUUUUCAGCACCAGUUAUAUCCCAUUGUCUGCACUAUGUUUAGCUUAUGAUCUUUAUCAUUAUUAUUAUUAUUAUUAUUAUUAUUAUUAUUGAUGAUUAUU